AACAUAUUUCUAUUUUCAACGGUGAACUCUCCGAUCAUCGGGAAAAAAAAAAAACAGUAAUCAAAAGAUGCAGAAGCUGAACGAUCUCUUCUCCGGUGGCGGAGACGGCGACGGAACAACUGAUAGUUUCCUUGAAGAUGGAUCGGAGGGUCUCUGUUCUCUCACCCAUAUCCAGAGGAUGUACGCAUUCGCUGCUUCUUUGGCCACUGGUUUGCUUCUCAUGUUUCUGUCUAUGAUUGUAUUUGCUAUCCCCAUCAAAUUUGCACUGCUCUUCACAUUUGGGAAUGUUCUUGCUGUUGGAAGCACAGCCUUCCUCAUGGGACCUGAGCAACAGAUGAAUAUGAUGUUGGACCCUGUUCGUAUCUACGCGACAUCCAUUUAUAUUGGAUGUGUUGGUAUAGCACUCAUCUGUGCUCUCUUGAUCCACAGCAAAAUUUUAACGGUCCUUGCGAUCCUAUGCGAGAUUUGUGCACUGAUAUGGUACAGCCUCAGUUAUAUUCCAUUUGCACGGAGAAUGGUCUCUGAAAUAAUGAUCCGUCUCUGCGACACGGAGUUAUGAUCAAGUCAUCUGGCAGCAAACACAAAGCAAGUAAAUUGUAUUUACUGGUCUCAAGAACUUGAGAUCUGAUUUUUCUGAACAGAAUCUUGUUUGUCUUUUGACCUGAUUGGGUGAAAAUCAGAAGGAAUGCAGAUUGAGUUUUUUAUAUUGGGAUUUGGGAUCUUGAAGCUCUUGUGUGUAUUUUGUUGCUUCAAGCUCUUUUCCUGCUUUAGUCUCAACCAUUGUUUGGAAUUUCGUGUGAUCAAAUACUAUGAUUUCUUUUAUUCAAUUUACACA